AUGUCCUUCUCCUCCCCCAGCUCUGCCUGCCCAGCACCCACCUUUUCCCAGGACAAGAGAAUGGCUGCAGGUUACCUGCCCCCCUGGUCCCAGGAAUCAGUGACCUUUGAGGAUGUGGCUGUGGACUUCUCCCGGGAGGAGUGGGAGCUGCUGGACCCUCCUCAGAGGGCCCUGUACAGAGAGGUGAUGCUGGAGAACCACAGGAACCUGGUCUCUCUGGAAGCCUUGAAGAGCCAAAGCACAGUCCCAGGAAGUGAAGAUAGUCCAUUUUCUCCAGUACAGUCUUCUCAAGUGACCCAUCCUCCCCUGCGGACAGAGCGUUCUCUCUCUCAACCAGUCGUGUCUUCCCACAUGGAGCAGGGAGAAGCUGUGUGGAUGGUGGGUCAAGGAAUUCCCCAAGCCUCCCGUUCAGAUUGGGAGACUAAACUGGGAAUCCACAAAUCAACUUACAAGAAGGUCAUCUUGGGGCAGGAACCAUCCAGGGGUAUAAAUACCAUCAGGUUCACCAGAGGAGAUGGGGAGUAUGGUCAUUUUGAAGAUAACCAUGAAGACCCCCAGAGGCUCUUGAGGGAAAUGGCAUAUCUCCAACUAGAGGCAUUUACUCAGAAGACAGCUUCUGCAUGGAAUGAGUUUGGGGGAAAUGGUAGUCUGAGCUUGAACUGUGUUUUAGCACAGGCAAGUUCUCUUAGGAAACAGUUCUACAAGAAUGAACUCCAUAUUGAGAAUCUGGUGUCUGAUUCCAUCCUAAAUAGUCAUCAGGUGGGAUUUGCAGAUCAGAGACCCUGUGAAAACAAUGAUUGUGGAGAAGCCCUCAGCCAAAGUGGUCACCUUGUUCAACAUGAACAAUCUCAAACAGAGGAGAAAAUGUCUUCAUGUGCUGAAGGUGGGACAUCAUCUCGUCAUAACUCAGCUCUUACUUUACACAACAAGAUUCACAUCAUGGAGAAACCCUAUGAAUGUCUUCAGUGUGGCAAGGUCUUUAACCGCAGGCACUCCCUCAGCGAACAUCAGAGAACCCACACGGGGGAGAAGCCAUACAACUGUCAGGAAUGCGGCCGAGCCUUCACGCACAGCUCAACCCUCACACGGCACUUGAGGACUCACACUGGGGAGAAGCCAUAUCAUUGUCAUGACUGUGGGAAAGCCUUCAACAGGGUCUCCUCUCUCACCCAACAUCAGAGGAUUCACACGGGGGAGAAACCCUACACAUGUCAGGACUGCGGGAAGUCUUUUUGCCAGAGCUCUUACCUGAUUUUGCACAAGAGGACACAUACUGGUGAGAAGCCAUACGAAUGCAGCGAGUGUGGGAAAGCCUUCAGUGAUCGCUCUUCUCUCAACCAGCAUGAACGGACUCACACUGGAGAGAACCCCUAUGAGUGUAACCAGUGUGGAAGAGCCUUCAGCCAGAGGUCUUCCCUUGUUAGGCAUGCAAGAACUCACACUGGGGAGAAACCAUAUCGCUGUCAUGAAUGUGGAAAAGCCUUCAGCCAGAGCUCUUCCCUGAUUACCCAUCAGAAAAUUCACACUAGUCAGAAAACAUUUAAAAUAAUUGACUGUGGGAAAGCUUUCCAUCAGCGCAGCCACCUGAUUGGAUUCUAG